CACCAAAUGUCCGGAGAGAUAGCCCAUCAAGCGAAGGCCUUCCUUGACACGAGUGGUCGCCAAUACGCUGGUACCGCUGCUUCCACCCAUUCCUUUAACCUUUGACCCCUCACUAACAAGGCCCAGAGUCACCACUGCCGGCAUGGGCCUCCUCGAUCGCAGGUUCAGUCUCCCCGCCCCCCAAAAUUUCGCCCCUAUCAACUGCCCACCACUAACUGGCCACCCACCCACCAGUCCUCUACCAACUUCCCGAUUCCAAACGCCUCUACAACAGCCGGCUCCUCCCCCGCCCGUGGACUGUCCUCCUGUUCUCGACGCUAUUCGCAGCCAGUGGCUGGAUGGCGUACGAUAACGCACCGAUUGACGGCGCUGGCACCACUGCGGCCUGGUCGGCCAUAUAUUGCAUCAUGAACGGGAGCCCCCGAAGGCUCGGUAAACUACUGCGACUCGGCCGGGUGGCGCCGCUAGGGAUCACGGGGUUUGCCGCUGCGAAUGCCGUUACGCAUGGGUACUACUAUCUGACAGUUCCGAGGAGUAAGGAGGAGAUUGAGGAGUACAAGAGAUUGAAGGGAGAAUAA